AUGUCUGAAGUAUCAGCUUUAAUAGUUGGAGAUCUUGAUACCAGUAUUGGUGAGCGUGAUAUUGUGGUUCAAGCUAAGGGUGGGCAAUUGCAGAGAAUCAGUGAAUUAAAUCCUUCCUACCUGCCACUGCAAUACCCGUUGUUGUUUCCAUAUGGUGAAGAUGGUUAUCGGGAAGACAUUGCAUUCUCGAACGUACUCGGCAACCGUUCCACUGGUGGUAGACACAGGAUCAGCCCCAGGGAGUUUUUUUGCUAUCGCAUACAGUCUCGAAAUUCUGUUCAGAGUACCAUUCUAUUUGCAAAGCGGUUGUUCCAACAGUUCGUUGUUGAUGAAUACACAAUGGUUGAGUCAGGAAGACUCAUUUAUAUCAGGACACACCAAAAAAGCCUAAGGUGUGAAACAUACAGUGGGUUGACCGACGCUUUAACCAGGGGUGAAGUAAACCCUGCAGCACAAGAUCAGAGAAUAAUACUAUCUUCAAGUUUUACACGCGGAGCUCGAUACAUGAUACAAAACUACCAGGAUGUCAUGGCAAUAUGUAGAUGGAUUGGAUACCCAGAUUUAUUUAUAAUGUUUACAUACAACCCAAAGUGGCCAGAGGUGCAAUGUUUUUUAAAAGAUCGAAGGUUGAAAGCAGAAGACCGACAUGACAUAAUUUGCCGUUUAUUCAAGAUGAAGUUGGAUUCCUUGAUAACUGAUUGUCGAAAGAAUAAACUUUUUGGCUCUGUGGCUGGAGUUAUAUAUACAAUUGAGUUCCAAAAGCGAGGUCUUCUGCAUGCUCAUAUAUUGCUUUUUUUGGGGAAAACUAAAGAAGUUAGUCAAGUGGUUACUCUAGACAAAAUCAUUUCCGCUGAGAUACCAGAUGAAAAUACAGAUGUAGAAUAUUACAAAGCUGUAGAGGAAUUUAUGAUGCAUGGUCCAUGUGGAAAAACAAGGAGCAAUUCUCCAUGUAUGGUAAAUGGACGAUGUUCAAAACAUUUUCCUAAGAGAUUUGUUGAGUGUUCUACAUUUGAUGACGAUGGUUAUCCGGUAUAUAGACGGAGAGACAACGGCAAUAUAGUUACAAAGAACGGGAUCACGUUGGACAACAGAUAUGUGGUACCGCACAAUAGACAUUUAUUACUUAAGUACAAGGCUCAUAUAAAUGUCGAGUGGUGCAACCAGUCACGCUUAAUCAAGUACCUGUUCAAGUAUGUUAACAAGGGUCAUGAUCGGGUAACAGCCGAAUUCUACAAAACAAGCAAUGAUGAAGAGAAUGGAAAAGUCAUAGAUGAGAUUAAUAUGUACUUUGACUGUAGGUACAUAUCCUCAUGUGAAGCGGUUUGGCGUUUGUUUGGUUUUGAUAUACAGCUUAGGGCUCCUUCAAUGGAAAGGUUAAGCUUUCACCUCCCUAAUCAACAGAGUGUGGUGUUUGCAGAUGAUGAUCCUGUUGAGAACAUUGUUAAUAGACCCACUAUAGCACAGAACUUGUUCUUGGAAUGGUUUGAGGCUAAUAAGACAUUCCCAGAUGCAAGAGAGCUUACUUAUGUUGAGAUGCCAACAAGAUUCGUGUGGAAGAAAGACCUUAGAAAUGGCAGCCACGGAAAAAAGGAUAUUAGGACUGUAAACGGUGUCCACUAUGCCUCAUUUCGAGAUGUGUGUUAUGCAAGAGGUUUAGUUGAUGAUGAUAACGAAUAUGUUGAUGCAAUAGAUGAAGCCAAUCAUUGGGCGUCAGGAGAUCAGUUGAGGAGAUUAUUUGUUACGUUGCUAAUGAGCAGUUGCAUGGGUAAACCGGAAACAGUUUGGAAUGCUGUGUGGCCACAAUUGUCUGAUGAUGCACAUUUCCAAAUCCGCAAACAAUUGCACAGUAGAGAUUUUGUGUUGACAGAAUCUCACAAGAUGAACUUUGCUUUAGAGGAGAUUGAAAAGCUGUUAUCAAUUCAUGGUAAGAGUUUAAAGGACUAUUCUGAAAUGCCAACGGCAAAUUUUGAGGUCUUUAAUGUUAUAUCAAACAGGCUUAUACAAGAAGAAUUAUCAUAUGACUGUGUGGAUCAGGAGAAAGAGAACCAGGAAUUGGUAAGGCAGUUAACAGAAGAGCAAAAGGUCAUAUACAAUGAGGUGUUAACCGAUAUUGCUCACAAAGCUGGCGGGUUAUUCUUCGUUUAUGGUUAUGGAGGGACUGGUAAGACGUUUUUGUGGCGAGCAUUGUCCUCCGCUUUAAGGUCUAAGAGGGAAAUAGUGUUAAAUGUUGCAUCUAGCGGCAUAGCUUCGCUUUUAUUACCAAGUGGAAGAACUGCACAUUCUCGGUUUGCCAUAUCGAUAUAUGUUAAUGAAAAUUCCACUUGCAACAUAAGCCACGGCAGUCCAUUAGCAGAGCUUAUUGUUCAAAGCAAGUUGUGA